GUCAGUUAUCGAUAAGAUGCCAAGAAGCACUUACGUUAGUUAGGUACUGUAGUAGUCAAAUGUCAAGCGUUCGGCAGAUUAUUGAUUUUGACGUAAAAAUCGACUUAAAAGAAAAUAUGUAAGGUGUAAAAUCAAAUUAUAUACAUAGAGUCAUGUCAGCAAAUGGUAACGGCGGUAACUAUGCACCACUUAAACAAAUACUAUCAGACUCUGAAUCCGAGGACGAUCACAAACUAGAAAAUGAUCUUCAUAUCAAGGCUUCCGACAGUUGUAACAAUUUGGAUUACAACAGCGGGCUACAGUCGUCGAAGAAUUACAGUAUGAGCGACAUGGAUGACUUUAAUACCAACGAUAAAACUGUAGAAAGCACUAUGGACAAUGUCAGUUUUCUACAGUCCGAUGUCUCGAAUAAGAUGUCAUUCCCGCGACGCUGUGCUUUCAUAGCUUCAAUAUUUGUGUGUAUCUUUACUGUUAUCAUAUUCCUUUGGGGCAUACCUUGCUCGGACGUCGGCGGCUGUGCUAGUAACAACGACUGGCAGGACAAAACAACCAAUUGGGAAUUUCCAUACAAUGAAAUCGAAUUGUCCGGAGCUGUUCAGAUAGUUGAUGGCGCGAUCCGCAAUACGAAGAAUCUUAUAUUCAUAUACCGAGGCAAUCACAUGAAAGAGGAGAAAAAUACGAAUGAUAAUGUUAAUGGAGUGCUCUUGAUUGUGGGCAAUACUGGCAAAGUUGGCUGGUACACAAGAGAAACCAGAAUUCCAACGGAAAUCAAUUGUCACCUCAUUGAUGUCAAUAGAGACAAGCAGAAGGAUUGCAUAGUAUCAGGUUCAGAAGGGUUGCUGGCAGCUCUGAAUCCUUUAUCAGGUACAUAUUAUUGGUACAUUCAUAAACAAGGUAAGAUAUUCAGUAAUAUUGCAGCUAUAGAUUUUCCCAUAGUAAUGAAAGACAUGGAUAAAGAUAAAGUUAGUGAUCUCCUCACUGUGGCAACUGUGUAUCCAAAUAAUAAUCACAAUUCUUUGCUGAUUAUAUCUGGAGCUACGGGCAACAUUAUUGGUGACCCCAUGACGUUAGAUUGCAGCUCAGUCAAACUGUUAACAACAGAGUCUGAUGAGAUUCCUUAUAUUUGUAAGAAUGGCACUUCUGAGGCUGUGCGGCAGAUAUCAUACAAUGAUUUAUACAGGAAACUGUUGAAAUUAGAUCCAUCUGUGAACCACUCUGUGCCUAUAUCAACCAUCUCAAAAAGAGUCAACUUAAGCUUGAGAAAGAAUAUUGGUAACACAAGGGAAAUAUUCACCAAUGGUCCUGGGAAACUUAUUGUGGAGAAUUUUGGAGAGUGUCCAAAUUCAUGUAGAGUUAAUUUAAAAUUAUUACUUGAGAGAAAUGGUACCACUAAUGUUAGUUGGGAAUAUUCUGCUGACUAUGUAUAUGCAAUGAGGCCCAGCUCCUUUGCUUUUGCAAACUCCAUACGUGGUUUUGUUUUAAAAUUAUGACAGUGGAACAGUGCACACCUGGCAAAGGGUGCACUGAAAAUUGAUGAGGUGAGAUACAAUAUACAGAAUCAGAGUCCUAAAAAUAUGUAUGACAUCUUUUACUAUCAACCAACAAUAAAUGUAGCUUCUAUAUC